GCUCGGUCUUUCUGCACCAGCUGGGGAAGCACUCUCUGCUUGCCUGUUAGCUUCCCUCACUCACUCGCUCGCUCCCUACCUCCCUCGCUUCUCUCUCGUGCGCGCUCUCUCUCUCUCGCUCUCUCUCUCUCUCUCUCUCUCUCUCUCUCUCCUCCGCCACGCUGCUGCCAAUAGCCCCCUGUCCACAGCACCCAUUCAGGGACGAUGCAGCCUCUCUCUCUCCUCCCCGGCAGUGUCCAGCACACCGCCACAGCCCAGCUGCUCCGCUUGUGUCAAUGAGAUUUUUUUCUUUUCUUCUCUCUCUCUCUCUCUCUCUCCCUCUCUCUCUCUCUCUGUGCUGCGUCUCCGUGUUCUCGCAUGUUUGUGGGAUUCAGCAGAUCGGCGGACGGAGAGCGCACUGAGUGACAGCGUGUGACUAAAGCAGAGGGGGACUGAAUCAGCUUCGCUGUGCGUCCCAACUCAUCCACCCCUCCCAUCCACCCCAGCCCAGCUUCAACUCACAAGCACGCCCACCAGGGUCUGGCAGGGAGUCAGGCGGGCAGACAGACAGACACUCAGACAGUCAGUCAGUCAGUCAGUCAGUCAGACAGACAGGCAGACAGACAGACAGAAGAACAGGCACGCAGGCUGCUGGAGCAGUGGACAGACGACAUGGAGGCGCGGGAAAUCAGCUGGUCAUUCUUUCACAGGUGCAGGAGCAUGGGCGGCAUGAUCAAUGUCAGCGUGCUCGUCACACUUCUGCUUGGAGUGUGUGCCCAGGCUCUGGAGAUGUCGGUGGGAAAGAUCCACACCCUCGAGGUGGUGAACGGCAGCUCGGCUCUCAUGCCCUGCACCUACGCCAGCUGCAUCGGCAUUAAGAACCUCUACUUCAACUGGACCUAUAACAGGACCGAGACUCUGUGUGAGGGGGUGGUUCCCAUGGAGGGGAUAGAACCGCACGUGUCCGUGUGGAACGAGCGAGUGGACUUCGUGGGCUCCAGCAGGACCAAUAACGUCUCAAUCAUCCUGAGGAACAUCACCUUUGAUGACCAGGGCGACUACAUCUGCUAUGGCAAAAACCCAAAGGAGAAGAACCGCAACCACAGCGCCAUCUUGACCCUCAUUGUUGUCGAUCAACUGAGAGAGGUGGACAACACCCUCACCACCAUCAUCACGUCGGUGGUGGGAGGAGUCAUCGGACUGCUCAUCCUAAUCAUGAUCCUCAAAUCUGUCAUCCUCCUCGUUCUCCGCAAGGUUGCAGAGAAAAACAAAGAGUGCCUUGUGAGUUCAGGAAAUGACAACACAGAGAAUGGCCUCUCCGGAUCCAAAGCAGACAACAAAGCGACCCCGAAGGCGUGAAGGCGUGCGUCUGUGUGUGUGUCUGUGUGUGUGUGUGUACAUAUCCCUGCAUACAGUAUAUGUAUACAUGCAAAUAUAUACAUAUAAAUACAUGGUGGAAAAGAAGAUGACGAUGUGUAUAGACAGAGAUUAUCAUAAUGGACUGCUUUAUUCUCUUGACCCUUAAUGGGGAACUUUAAUACA